AGGGGCAAUGACCGCACGCUGUGGGUCGUGGAGCGGAGGUAAAAAGACCCUGGGUACGGGUUACUAGUCCAAAUGGAACGUUCUCGUUUGUUGUUCAAAUCAGUUUGUCGCUACAAAUGCUGGAGUGUGGUUUCUCUUACAUUCAUCGUGGUUUUCACUCUAAUCAUUGGCUUUCGAUAUUUUGAAUUCAAUAUUGCAAUUAAACUCGUAUGUAGGGCACAACAAGCUUGGCCGGAAACAGUUGUACCACGUAAGAAAAUACAGCGAUCAAAAAGUGAUUUUGGCUACGAUUGGUUAAGGAUCCAAAAGGCUAGAAUAGACUGGCGGGCAAUGUUAAAACCGUGCUCAGAUCAGUUGGCUUGGGGAACCUUAAAAUCUGGCUGGGGUAGGGUCAACAAAACUUCUGCAAGCAGAAGUUACGUGACUUACAUGAAUAUUCGAAAUUCUGGGCAGUUUUCUAGUAUAUUUAUUCACACGCGUACAGCUAGUGGGCAGGAUAAGACUAUCGGUGGCGAUAAUUGGCGAGUGUUCUUCACAGGACCAGCAAAUGUUGCAGCUUCUGUAUUUGACUAUGAAAAUGGUACGUACGAAACCACCGCGCUGCUUUUGGAGCCUGGAAACUAUACCGUUCGUGCAUAUCUUGAUUAUAGUUUGUGUGAUGGCCUGAGAGAUCCUCCGGAAAACUGGUUCCGAAUUGGGAAUAAACAAGGAAAACAACAGCCUGAAGGAAUACUUGGUUUUCUUAAUGACUUUAUUUAUGAACCCUUGUCAGGAGGUAAAAUCAUAACCUUCGAAGUCUCAUCAAAUGAAACGAGAGGAGUAAAAAACGGAUUACCCAGCCUAACUUGCGCGCAAUCUUGCCGUUCUCUUUGGAAUGGCUUUGGACGGUGGAAAAACAAUGCUUGGUUGCCAUAUCUUCCUGUAAGCCAUCUUCCUACACUAGAGAAGCCACCGCCUCCAAGGGGAACACUGUGGAUCUUCGGGGACUCAUUAGGAGUGCGAUUUCAUUUUUCACUUUCAACUAAACCGCUGUGCAGGCGAAUAUUCGAGCAAUGCAGGCACAGUUAUAACUGGUUGUACCCAUUUCCUGGUGAGAACGAAGUGCUCGCAAAAUCAAAGUAUAAUAACCUUGAUUUUCAACCAACUAUAAUACUUGACUCAAUCAGAGAUGUUCUACGUGAUACGAGCAUGAAAACCCGAUACAGUUUAUUGGUUUUGAACCUAGGGCUACAUUACCCAGUAUCCUUGAAUUUCACGACUUAUCAAAAGUUGAUUGAUGACGUCAUACAAAUAUUGAACGUGCGUAAAAACGAACUGGGGAGUAAUGCGAGGGUUAUUUGGAAAACCACAACUUCGUUGCGAAAAGAGAAAACUAAACCACCAAGAAAUGCGACACAGUGGAGAUUUUUCACCGAACCACGUGUAAGGUUAUUCGACACCUACGCCAUGUGGGCAAUGUGUAGGGCUGGCAUUGAAGUUUUAGACGUGUUUCCAUUAACCGCCUCCUAUCCGAAUGGCACUCAAGACAUUGUUCACUACAGCAAUAAUGUGUUUAACGCUGCAGAAAUAGCUUUAGAGAAUUACGUUAAGGCUGGACCUGCAUUUAGAAGCACAAGAGUUUGUAUGAAGUAAAUAUCACGCUAAAUGUUUUUGACGCUGUUUG